AUGCGCGACGCGUGUAGAUCUCUGAGUAUAAUCGGUACGGGGCCACAAAACCGUCCUUUUUAUAGCGUGUACCGGGGUGCGGCGGGGGAGGGGGGGGGUGGCGGACGGGGACCGUACGAGUGUUAUGUACGGGGACGGGCCCGGGGUUGGGGGGGAGGAGGGUACUCUGUAUCGCCCUCCCCGGACCCCGCGGCGGGCGCAUGUCUCUAG